AUGCGUUUCACAUCCUACGCCACUGCGAGCGCCCUGGCUGCUCUAGCCAGCGCCCAGACAUUCACCGACUGCAACCCCAUGGAGAAAGCGUGCCCGAACAACCCAGCCAUGCCUCAGACCUGGGAGACGGACUUCACAGCCGGCAAGGAUGCCAUCAAGGGCUGGAAGCAGACUGCCGGAAGCCUCACAUACAGUGCUGAGGGUGCCGAGUUCAGUGUUGCAAAGAAGGGCGACGCUCCUACAAUCGGCUCUGAAGCUUACCUACACUUCGGCUAUAUCGAGGUCAAGAUGAAGGCCGCUCCAGGCCAGGGCAUCAUCUCCUCAAUUGUUCUUCAAUCCGACGACUUGGACGAGGUCGACUGGGAAUGGAUCGGCGGCGUCGAUAGCAAGACGCAAAUGAACUACUUCGGAAAGGGAAAUACGACAACUUACGAUCGCAUGAUUGAGGCCGACGUUUCCAGCACUCAGAACGAGUUUCACACGUACGCUCUCAACUGGACUUCGGAGUCGCUUACCUGGAUCAUUGACAACAAGCCGAUGCGCACCCUUAACUACGCUGAUGCCAACGGCGGCAAGAACUUCCCUCAGACUCCCUGCAACGUCCGUCUUGGUAACUGGCCUGGCGGUGAUUCUGAGAACGAGGGUACCCGCCAGUGGGCUGGUGGCGAGGUGGAUUACAGCAAAGCGCCCUUCAAGAUGACCGUUGCCAACAUCAAGGUCAUCAACUACUCGCCCGGCACUGAAUACCACUGGAAGGACAAGUCUGGCUCUUUCGAGUCGAUUGAGGUUGUCGGUGCAGGCAACAAGGAUGGUGCUCCUCAGAACAACGCUGUCCUCGAGUCCUCCGCAUCGGCCACUGGCUCCGGCAUACCUCUCGAAUCCGGCUUUGCUGCACCCUCUGCUACCGGCAGCGUCGGCAGCGGCAACAGCGGUUCCAACAACUCAAGCACCACCUGCACUGAGGGUCAGCAACAAGCUACACCCGCUCCUGCCUCGGGUGGCAACUCGGACUUCAACUACCCCGUUCCCACUGGAUCUGCCGGCACCGGCGACGAGACUCCCUGCUCAUGCGGCGUCGCCACCGUCACUGUAACCGGCACACCUCCCUCAGGCGACGCGCCCCCAGCGACCGAGACCCCAUCCGCCCCUGCUUCCUCACCCGUCGAGGGCGGCACAGCAACUCCCCCCACCAGCACCGCCAUCGUCAGCUCGGGGCUCCCCAACCAGCCCCCCGCGACCCUGACAUCCGUCGUCUCGCCGCCUCCUUACGCAACUACCGGUCUCAUCAUGGACACGCUCCCCGCCCCGUCUGUGCCCGCGACCCUCCCCUCGGCACCCUCAACGCCAUCCGGUGUCCUGCCCCCAAGCAGCGGCAACGCAACCGUACCUUCGCCCUCCGCGCCCGCCGAGUUCACCGGCGCCGCGAGCGCCAACAAGGCCGGUGUCGCUGCUAUGGCCGUUGUGGGCUGCGCUCUGCUCUUCGCUCUCUAG